CGCGCCCGUCGGCGGCCCCUUAGAGCACACGCCCGCCAUCUGCCCAGCGACUCGCCAGCACACACACCACUUCUGCUUCCACUGACGUUACCGACACCUGAAAAUAACGAAAUACAAAGCAGUGAUCUUGUUAUUUUGGAAUAUUACACGCAUUUAAACGUAAUACAUUAUAUGUAAAAAAUAACAUGGCGAGCAACCUCCUGAAGAGCCUGGUUGUGCUGUGCAGCGUGGCCGGCAUGUGCCGCAGCGGGACGGCCGCGGAAAACGACAACUCCCUCACCACUCCGGAGUACAUACUGCCGUGCAGCCGCAGCGACCCGCAGCUGGACUCGUGCGUGAAGCGCUCGUUCAACCACCUGCGGCCGUACCUGGCGCGCGGGCUGCCCGAGCUGGGCGUGCCGGCCGUGGAGCCCCUGCUGAUCGACCGGCUCGUGAUGGCCAACGACGCCGGGCCCGUGCGCGUCACCGCCGCCUUCACCAACAUCACCGUGCUCGGCCCGAGCAACUACACCGUCACUAAGAUAAGAUCCGACCUAAGCAAGCUGCGCAUCGACAUGGGGCUGGUGCUCCCGCGCAUCGAGAUCACGGGCCGCUACGAGGUGUCGGGACAGGUGCUGCUGUUCCCCGUGCGCUCCCAGGGAGACUUCUGGGCUGCAUUCAUCGAUGUAGCCGCCAUCGCAAAGGUGUUCGGUAAGGAGAUCGAGCGAGACAACGUCAAGUACAUGGCGGCUGACCGGCUCCUGGUCGACUUCAAGCUGCGGAACUCCCGAUUCAAAGUGCGGGACACCGUCAAUUAUGGAAGCGUCAUUGGCGAAGCAAUGAACCAGUUUCUGAACAACAACGCGGCGGAGAUCAUCGAGGAGAUGCGACCGGCCGCGAGCGUGUCCAUCGCCAAGCACUUUCAGGCCUUCCUCAACGCCGCCUUCACCAAGGUGCCCCUCGACGUUUGGCUCAAACCUUAAUGAGCGACACAAAAAUGUAAUUAGAACGACA